GACGACUUGAUUGGAAUUGAUGGAUCCAUGUGACAGAUAUGGUUUGACACUUGAUAAUUCCCACGAUCAGUCACCCAAAGCACUCCUGCGCAAACCCCUCCCCCAAGCACAUGACCAGCACGGAGCGCGAUAGCCCCCCCAGCCCCUCAGGCAAUCUCUCGUCCGCCCCUUCUCCCUGUCCCCUCUCCCCUGGCCUCCCCAGCCCCACAGCACGUUUGCUGAUAUCAAUGGUAGGGGCUGGUGCUGGUGCUGGUGCUAGUGGUGGCUGUGGUGGUGGUUCGUCGUCUGAUAUGGUGCUGGUGCGUGUUGGCGCGUUCUCUUGCUGCUGUUGUUGUUGUUGUGGGUGUGGUUGUGUGCAUGGGACGAUCUUGUUGUUGCUAUCGAUGGUGAUGAUGGGGAUGGGCGUGGAGCGGGGGUAGGGGGUCGGCUGCAGUGCAUUCACACACACAUCGACGGUUGCGUCUCUCUCUCUGUGCCUCUUUCUGUGUGUGGCUCGUACCUGGUAUGGUCUGAUGUCACUGAUGCCGUGGGCGAAGGCUGCAUUAAGAGAGAGAGCGAGAGAGAAGAAAUGUCUCUCACACACAAACACAAUGCCGGCCGUUGUGUGCUCACUGUUCACUGCUCACCGCAUUCGUCGCCAUAAGUGCAGGAACCCUGCACACACACAAACAGACACAAAACGAACAGCACAGACAUACCCCCACACCCUCCUCCCCUCCCUCCCCAGCACACCCAUCUCUCAAAGUGGUGGCACAGCUUGGUCUUAUAAGCGGGGUGCACCGUCCGCUGCUGCUGGCCCGCCAAGCCAGCACACGCCAGAUCCUCCCCCAUAGAGUCGUACUCCUGGCCGAGGAACCGCGGCCGCGGCGCCCAUGGGAACAGAGAGGGCGGCAGCAUCGUCCGCAUGGCGGGGGACGAAUCGACCUGUGGGGAUACACACACAUACAACACGUCCCCCUCUCUCUUUCUGUCUGUGUGUGUGUGGUUCUCCCUUCCUACACACCAGGAGUUGUGUGGUGAGCGGGCACUUCUGCAUUGUGGCGAGCAGCUCGUCGACAAAGAUAGCCACGGAGGGCGGAAGGACGGCCGACGUGGGAGUGGUGGUGGUGGUGGAGACAGGCUGGGGCGGGGGCAGGGGGCGGCCCUCCGUCACGCGACACAGGGAGGCGAUCUGAUCACAUCGCACACACGGAGAGAGCACAGACACACCGACACACCAGAUGGAGAAACACCGAAAGACACAGCAAAGGAGAGUAUGAGAAGAGACCUGCUCCCUCUCCCUCCCUGCCGCUCCCACCUUGCUGCCCAUCCGCCGCCAAGUCAGUCUCGGCGCCUUAUACGUCAGCCACUCCAUCGCCCGCAGCACAUCCGCCGUGUUGUCGGCCGUCAGCGCGUCCGCCACCCCGGCCGCCUUCUCCAGCACCAGACGCAGCGCCUGAGGGCGGACGGUUGCCGGGGCGUCUGAGAGGUCCACCUCUUUGGUGUCGCUUUCCAUCAUCUGCCGAGGCAGGCGCAUGCAGACACACACACGCAGAAAGACUGAGAAUCCUUAUGAAGAGAGAGAGAGAGAGAGAUUGUCUUGUACUAUGUCUGGGGACCGCAUACGUUUGCAGUGUGUAGAAAGCUGCGCAGGCUGUGGCUGGGCAUCUGCAGUGGCGGGCAGCCCUUGACCUUCACCUUGACCACCGUCACAACUUGCUGUGGUUGAGCAGCAGCGGUCUGCAGAGGCGCGGUGACCGUCGCCGGCCCGGGCGGCUCUUUCUGUUUCUGCGGCUCACCACCACCAGUCAUCUUUAGAGCACGGGCUACACUACACACGGAGAACCGGCUCAACAUCUCACACACGGCGCCAAAAAGGAAAAGGAC